AUGCCUGCCCACGGAGGAUGCGCAGGAGUGAAUGCUAUUGAGGAUGAAGGGAUAAAGGUUGUGACUGAUGUGGGCUGUUUGACCUUCCCUCUUGUGUCUGUGAAGCAACAUCUGGCUAAUAGUGGCAUCUUCCCGGGUUGUGGUGUCGACUGUGAGAAUUGCAAGAAUCAACCUGAGGGCUGUUUUGAUUUGAAGAGUAUGGUUCAGAGAUUGAUGGAUGAAGGUCCUCUCCAAUUCUAUAGAAAAAGGAUAAACAUGAGGGUUGCAAACGGCGAGGUGGUGGUAAUUGACAUUCCAUAUGAUCCUGUGGCUCCUAUCAGUAUUCAGGUGCCUGUUCAGAUACCUAUCGUCAUUCCUUAUACAGAGCAACCAACAGCAUUAAUGAUCACUGUUCCUGGGCCGAUUCCGUAUGAGAGUGAGAAGGUCGUUCCUUGGCACUAUGGCUCAGAUGUGUACUACUAUGGUACAAAGAAAGAGGAUGAGUUGAAAGACAAAUUUGUGGAGGUCGUAGUUGCAAACACUGAUAAUCUUUCCAGUACUGGUAGGAUCACUCGUAGUGGUAGGGUGUUCUCUCCUAAGCUUGUACAAGACAACGCAGAUGCUUUGGCUAAGGCCAAAGGCAAACAGGUGGUGACUGAUGAUCAGAACUCUCCGGUUCAGAAUGGGGCACCUGGUAGUGCUGUAUCUUCCAAGGAUGUGGAGGAGUUGUUAAGAAUCAUCAAGAAAUCAGAUUACAAAGUUGUCGAGUUGUUGGGUCAGACCCAAUCAAAGAUUUCUAUCUUGCAAUUGCUGAUGUGUUCGGAGGUUCAUAGAGAUGCUCUUUUGAGAAUUCUGAAUGGUGCCUACGUACCCCAAGAAAUAUCUGUGAAUCAGUUAGAGGCGGUGCCCAACAAUAUUUCAGCUGGAAAUGGCUUAGGGUUUACCGAUCGUGAUCUUCCUCCAGAAGGGAGAAACCAUAACAAGGCGUUACAUGUUUCGAUAGAGUGUAAGGGGACGACUUUGUCUCGUGUUCUGGUUGAUACUGGUUCUUCCUUGAAUGUGCUUCCCAAAUUGGCCCUUAUGAGAAUUGACUAUGCUGGUGUUGAAUUGAGGCCCAGUGAAUUGGUGGUACGAGCUUUUGAUGGUUCAAGGAGGUCUGUAUUCGGAGAAGUAGAUUUGCCUAUCCAAGUUGGUCCUCAGAUCUUCACCACGACUUUUUUACAUAAUGGAUAUUCAACCUGCUUACUGUUGUCUGUUGGGACGACCCUGGAUUCACAAGGCCGGCGCUGUGACAUCCACUCUUCAUCAGAAGUUGAAGUAUCCAGUCGAUGGUAA